UUUACUUCCAGAUAUAUUUGGUUUUUUGUUUGUUAAAGAAAAUAUAUAAAUCUGUUGUUAAUCUACUGUAAUGGAUGUUGUUUAUGCUCUGAAGAGACGAGGCAAGACCCGUUAUUGUUGGGUUACUGAAAUGGGUUUAUUAUGGUGAAUUGAAUCUAGUUGGUAUUUACUUAUAUUUAUCUGUGGAUGGAGAUUAUGAGGUCAUUGUAAUGGAUGAAUUUGUUUUAAUGGAAUUGAUCUCAUUAGUAUUUCAAAUAUAAUUUAUGUAUUUUUUUCUUCUUUUGAAUUGUUCAAUUGAUUGUGCUUUGUUAUUUUAAGAGCUAAUUUCGUAUUUACACUUGUUCAUUGGUAUUUUUCAGAUAUAAUUCUGGGUUUUAGUUGUGGAUUGCUAUUUGAAACCUCUUUAUAAUUUGUGAUUUAAAAUUGGUUUUUACCAAUUGGCCUUGUUGUAUAUGGACUUCAGAUUAGUCACUAGCAUUACAGCAAAUAAGUUUAAAAUUGUAGACCUAAUUCAUCAACGUGUUAAAGAUAUUAAUGCCUUAAUCAGUAAUGAUUGCAUAAAUUAUAGGAGUAUGAAGAGUGUAAACUCAAAGUUUCAUGUUCAAGACCUUGUAAGAAAUUAUGUGGAAACCUUCUAGUUGUAAAUGUUUUUCUAUUCUGUUAUUAGAAGCUUUAUGGUGUUGCUAUAUGGCUGUAAGCUGUUAUUUUGGAAAUCAAGUUUAUUUGUUGAUGUUUACACAAGCGGACAUCUCAACUUGUCUCUACUUUGUAAGUUGAACUCUCCAACUUACAAAUUGAUCAUCUAGACACUUCCAAAAUUUAUGUGCCACGUUAGCAUUUGUGUUCACGUGUUCAAUUUUAUACAAGUUGAGGUGACUACUUGUGCACAUUCAAAACUGGAGGGCGUACGUUUGAGGGCCUGUUCAUGUUGCAGUAGGAAUCUCUUCCACUGUCUUACAGUAUGAUUUUCUUGUCGGGCUUCCUGUCAAGUAUCUUCGACAUGCAAAUUGUGCUAGUAAACUUUGUUAUGAAAUCAUCUUCUUUCAGACGAACAUAUACAGCUGAAGUUUUCAAUAUUAUUUCAGAAGAAUGCUAGACUUGGGAAGGUUCCGUCCUUGCAAACAAAGCCAGGCAGGGCGGCUCAAGCAAUUUGGUGGCCUAAAGCCAAACUGCAAUAUGAGGCCUUAAUUUAUUUUGUGUCACUUAUUUCAAUGACAAACGUAGAUGACCCAAAAAGAUCUAUAUUCAAAGGUAAUGUAAGGAUCUAUAUGAGUUAUUCGUAUUACCUAGUUUUUUAUUUCAACACUAAUAUCGAUUAUAAUUUCAAAAAGUUUCCUUUUGAUACUUGUUUCAUCCCAACAUACUUGUCAUAAUUUGUUUCUAAAGAGUCAAAUCGUAUACAUUUUGAUCAACAUUUUUAAGAUGUAUUUUUAGAAAAAUUACUACUUACAAUACUUUUUCGUAUAACUUUUGAAUAUCUAACUUUUAAUAUAUUGAAUUAAUCAAAUCUAAUUUAGCUUUGAAUUUGAAUCAAAUUGACUCUUGAGAAGUGAAAAUACCAAUUAUUUUGGAAUGGAGGGAGUAAAUAUUUCAUAGUUUAUACACUAUACUUUUAAAAAAAAAAAAAAAAACUUAUAUGGGUCCCAAUUAUGGGGGCCUAAAGCAAUGGCCUUAUAGGCCUUACCCUCUAGCCGGCCCUGAUUAUUACUAUAAUCCGUUGAAUUUGGAAAAGCUUUGAAAUUUAACUUGAAACUGUAAUAUAAUUUGGACGUAGGAACCUUGGAAGUUUGUUUAGUUGUGCUAUUAAUCUGGAUUGGAAAAGUUUCUUGGACUUAUGAUUCAAAUUAUUUUCCUACCAGGAUUGGGAUUUGCUAUUUUCCAUAGGAAAAGACCAUGAAGUUUAUUUUUGGAAUUAAACUUCUAUCCCAAGCAAUUCUAAUCCUUAAUCAAAUAGAAAAAGGUUUAUAGGUGAUGUUACAAGUAAUUCUAAUCCUUAACCAAAUAGGAAAAAGUUUUAUAGCUGAUGUUAUAUAAAGGGUUCCAUGGCAAGUAUUAUAAUGUACUACACCAAACCAAGACUUCAUAGUGUAAGAAAUUCUGGAUUUAAGACUCCUGUUACCAGACACAAACUUGGAAGAGCACUUUGAAUAUGACGCCUGAGUUUCAAAAGAACACCAUGUACGUGCCAACAGAGCUCGAAAAUGGAGACGUUCAAGAAAACUUUGAUGAUGAUGGACGGGAAAAAAGAACAGGGACUUUAUUGACUGCGAGUGCACAUAUUAUUACUGCUGUGAUUGGUUCUGGAGUGCUAUCUCUAGCAUGGGCAAUAGCUCAAUUAGGAUGGGUGGUUGGUCCUGUUGUUCUCUUUGCUUUUUCGUUCAUCACUUACUUCACUUCUACACUUCUUGCUGAUUGUUACCGCUCUCCGGGGCCUGUUGCUGGCGAGAGAAACUAUACUUACAUGGACGUCGUCCGAUCUCACUUAGGAGGUGUGAAGGUGACACUCUGUGGAAUUGCUCAAUAUGCUAACCUCAUCGGAGUUACCAUUGGAUACACAAUAACAACAUCUAUAAGUAUGGUGGCGGUAAAGAGGUCAAAUUGUUUUCACAAAAAUGGCCACGAAGGUAGCUGCUCAAUUGACAACUAUCCAUAUAUGAUCAUAUUUGCAGUGAUUCAAAUAAUUCUUAGCCAAUUACCAAACUUCCACAAGUUGUCAUGGCUAUCAAUUCUUGCUGCUGUUAUGUCUUUUGCUUACGCUUCUAUUGGUCUUGGUCUCUCCAUAGCAAAAGUUGCAGGUGUUGGGCACCAUGUAAAGACAAGCCUAACAGGGGUGGUAGUUGGGGUGGAUGUAUCUGAAUCAGAGAAAGUAUGGAAAAGCUUCCAAGCCAUUGGAGAUAUUGCAUUUGCCUAUGCUUAUUCCACCGUUCUCAUUGAAAUACAGGAUACACUUAGAUCAUCACCACCAGAAAGCAAGGUAAUGAAGAGAGCAUCACUAGCUGGAGUUUCCACCACAACCUUGUUCUAUAUACUAUGUGGUACCAUUGGCUAUGCAGCCUUUGGAAACAAAGCUCCAGGAAAUUUCCUCACCGGUUUUGGUUUCUAUGAACCCUUUUGGCUUAUUGACUUCGCCAACGUCUGCAUUGCCAUCCACCUUAUCGGAGCUUACCAGGUUUUCUGCCAACCAUUAUAUGGGUUUGUGGAGGCUCGAUGCAGCCAGCGAUGGCCAGACAACAAAUUUAUCAACUCUGAGCAUGUUGUGCAAGUUCCAUGCUGUGGCGCUUACAACGUCAACUUGUUCAGGUUGGUGUGGAGAACAACAUAUGUUGUAGUGACAACCGUGAUUGCCAUGAUAUUCCCCUUCUUCAAUGACUUCUUGGGUUUAAUCGGGGCAGCAUCGUUCUAUCCAUUAACUGUCUACUUCCCAAUAGAGAUGCACAUUGCCCAGAGAAAGAUACCGAAGUAUUCUUUCAAAUGGCUAUGGCUGAAAAUACUGAGCUGGACUUGCCUCAUCGUAUCACUUGUUGCAGCUGCUGGAUCUAUCAAGGGUCUUGCCACUGAUGUCAAGCAUUACAAGCCUUUCUCAACACAACAAUAAGUUCUUAGAGCUGUUCAAAUCAAAUAUGUAAUGUUUUCAACAAGAACUGUAACCCAAGCUGAUUGGUUGUAUUUUAUGCUUUCCUUUGAGUAUUUAGAUUCUAGUUUUUAAAUGUUCUUGAGCAGACUUAUCGGGAUUCCUGAGAAUUGACUAAAUAUACAGCUUUAGUGGCAUAUGAAUGAAUAUUGUUGAUAAUCUGCUUCUGCCUUCGAUGAACAAAAUUUAGAAGAUCGAAGUUGCAUGGCUAGAAGAUAGUCCCUGCAAUAUUAUGUUCCCAUCUAUUUAGUAUUGAAACCUGA